GCAACGCUUUAAAGCGGAGCGCGAGCGGCUGCGGCUUAUAAUAUUUAAAAGCCAGGAAGGAUUGCUGUCGCGGUGGUACUGUUAAUGUUGCAUUUUUAAAAGGCAUUUUGGCGAUAGUGGCGUGUGUGUCUUAUCCGGUUGCACAUGCACAUGUACUGCCUGCGUGAUCAGAGCCAACUUAUAUCGUUGUAUUAUAAUGCGAUCCGUCCAUGUGAAAGGUCACGAACGGGGGACCAUGACGACCGAUGCAGCGAUCCCGGUGAUUCAGGUGACGGAGGAGCCCAUCUCGGAGCCGGUGCCGACGAAGAAGGACGCAGUGGAGGCGGAGAACGAUGUCCUGCAGAUGAUCAUUGAUCAGCAGAAAUCCAAGCGGAAGAAGUUCGUCUUCAGAGAUAAACAAGACGGCCAGAUGAGUGAUGAUAAAAGCAUGUCCAGGACCGAUUCGUCCGAUUGUGAUUACUCAUCACCAUCCGCCGGCGCGUCUCCCUGCAGUACGGCAACCGACCAAAAUUGAUCAAGUGCUUCCCAGAUUCAACUUGACAAUAUACGACGCGCGCAGCCGGCAACAUUAUCGUUAAAAAAUGGGACGCGCUCGCGCACUGCGCUCUCUCCCGGACAAAUCUCUUUCCGCUUGCCGCUUUUUCCACGGGAGGAAGCGGUGUAUACGGUGUUUUGUGACAAAUUAUCGCUCUAUCCUAUAUGACUAUGGCGGCCAGCUAGCAUAUUGCUCCAUUGUUAUGUUUUCAUGUUUUUGCUCUCUCUCUCGGAGUUUUCUAUAUUCCCAUUUAUUAAUUGUGCGGCGGAUGCCGGAUGGCUGCGCAUAAACGCCGGUGACGCAGUUGGCACCACGUGAACCGCUCGUUAGAUCAGAGCCGGCAGCGGUACCGCUGUAUUGACCCUAUUAUCGUGCGCAUACUAUGGAGGGGAGUGAAAAAGAUUAAACGAUACACGGUACGGGGAAAAAUCAUUUCUCCACAAUGCCCGGUGCGUGCGCCCAUUCAACUCCGCCAUUGUCGCUCGAGGUCGAAUUCUUCCGCAACCGAUUUCGCGCAUGCCCAACUUUUUGAUAAAUAUUUGCUUCGCUGUUAAAUUCUUGAUAUUCACACAGUAAUAUAUGUCUUUGUAGGCUCUGUUUUGGAUCGAAAAGAUGUUUUAAUGUAUAAUUUAUUACAGCGAUUGUAAAUUUGCGACUACCGACCCGGUUGUAUUCCAUUUUGCUUCAUUUCUGUAGUCUGAACAUAGGUACGAUAUAGAUAAAAAGUCUGGCAGGAAUUCUGUAGUAAACCGCCGGGAAUUAAAUGAACGAAGAACCACAA